AUACUUGUUGUUCGAGACGAGAAACAUGCGAGAGAUGCUCCGAAAUUGGAACUGUCAAAGUCAAUAUAUGGUUAUGAUUUUUACAACAAACAGCCUGUCGCACAAUUUAUAAUUUUGUGUGAAUUGUACAUAAGCGUGCAAUCGCAAGUAGCAGAUUUGAGACAUUGACGAAACGAAUUUCUGCGAAUAAUGGUGCUAAAUGAUUGUCCGGACCCGGAAAGGGUAGGAUGCGGCUUCAGCGCGUUUAAAGAAAUAGACGAAGUGACUGCAUUGAUAGCGGAAUUGAGAAAACCAGAUUUGUCGCCAAGUCUCGUGGAGAGGAACAGGGAUCGCUUUAAUUUUAUUCUGUCUCAGUAUCAGGAUCAGCAUCAGCUUCUGGAUCCAUAUCUCGAGAAGAUCUUGGAAUCCCUGCUGUCAAUUAUAAAAGAUGAGGAAUGUGCAGAGAGCAUCAAACAUAAUACAUUCAAAUAUUUGUUUAUUAUUAUGUCAGUAAAAACGUAUAAAAAGAUUGUUACUUAUCUACCACACGAGGUAGUAGAUCUUUUACCUGUGUUAAGGAUGCUUGAGAAACAAGAUCCAAAUGAUGUAGAAAUAUGGGAAACCAGAUAUGUUCUUCUCAUAUGGUUGUCUAUUAUUUCAAAAAUACCAUUUCCCCUUUCUCGCUUAGAGACAUCUGAGAAUGUAGAUCCUGAGCAAACUAUUGUUGUCAGAAUUUUAAAAGUAUGUAAACUGUAUUGCCUCUCAAAAGAUGCAUGCGCUGUAGCAGCUGUGUUUUUAAUAGCAAACUUUUUAACAAGAUCAGAUGUCAAGAAGUUGUAUUUAGAGGAAAUGAUCAUGUGGUGUUUAAAGUGUAUAGAAAAUGACUCUAUGAGACAUGGGCCUCUGGCUGUCAUAGCUUCGAUAUUAAAACAUAGUGCAAGGGAAGAUGUCAAGCCAUAUAGUCAAAUGCUUCUCGAUAAUAUGUUGAAACUUCGGCUGAGUGACAAUCCAGCAGAUCUUAUUAGAAAAUUUGACAAAGUUGUUCAACGCAUAGGUUUGGUAUUGUUGAGAACAAAAUUAGCAUCCUGGCGUUAUCAGAAGACGAGUCGGCCGAUAAACAUUAUGCCUAAUGUUAAAACAGAUAAUAUUGAUAACACUGAAAGUGUUACCGAUCUUAAAAAUACUAUUUCAAAUGACAAUGAAGAUCAAGAGAUUCCUCCAGCCAUCGAAGAUAUAAUAGAGCAACUCAUACAAGGUCUUCGAGAUAAAGCAAUCACUAUAAGGUGGUCUGCAGCGAAAGGCAUUGGCAGAAUAACAGCGAGACUGCCGAUGGACUUGGCUGAUGACGUACUGGGAUUUGUGUUGAAUCUAUUUUCCGGACGUGAAUCAGAUUCAGCAUGGCACGGUGGUUGUUUAGCACUGGCGGAACUUGGAAGACGUGGUUUGCUGUUACCUCACCGUCUAAGCGAUGUUAUUCCUGUAGUCCUGCAAGCCUUAGUCUUUGACGAACCUAGAGCUUAUGGAUCGAUUGGGUAUUUGAUUAGGGACGCCGCUUGUUACAUAUGCUGGUCUUUUCCGAGAGCCUACGAUUCCCACGUUUUCGAACCUUACGUCAAAGAAAUCGCGGCGAUGUUAUUAGUGGUGACAUGCUUCGAUAGAGAGAUAAAUUGUAGAAGAGCAGCAUCCGCCGCGUUUCAAGAAAAUGUCGGCAGACAAGGCAACGUUCCGCAUGGUAUCGAUAUAUUGACUGUCGCCGAUUAUUUUGAAGUUGGUGUAAGGAGUCACACGUAUCUUAAAAUCAGUGUCCAAAUUGCGCAGUACGAGGAAUACACGAAGCCCUUAAUAGAUCACCUAAUUGCGAAAAAGGUCACACAUUGGGACACUGCAAUCAGAGAACUUUCAGCUCGAUCGCUUUUCAAUUUAACGGCGGCUGAUCCGCAUUACAUGAUAGACACGGUAUUGCCGACUCUGUUGGACAUGCUAAAUUCUAUCGACUUAAAUGUUAGGCAUGGUGCGGUAUUGGCCACCGCGGAGAUUCUCGAAGCUUUAUACAAUCACUUUAAUGAUAAAAUUGAAAAUAUUAUCGGAGCCACAGCUGUGGCCGAUAUACAGGAUAUAGUAAGAAUAUUCAGAAGCAGAGGACAAUUUAAAGGGCUUGGAGGAGAACUGAUGAAGCAGGCUUGCGCUGUGCUAAUCAAGAAAUGUUCUAUCGUUCACUUUCCUAUUCACUUCUCAGAUGUUGUAGAAGAUUGGCAGAAGCUCUUGGAGGAAUGCUUGAGUCACGAAGUGUCAGCGGUUAAACUAAAAGCAGCCGAAGCGCACACGAACUUUUUCGUAGAAUAUUAUGUAGACAUCGAUUAUGAUGCUCGAAGUGCUGUAGUCAAUCGUUAUUUAGAGUCCUUACGAUCGCACAAUCAGCCAAUUAGAAUAGGAUUUGCACAAGCAAUAGGUCAUUUCCCAUUGUUUGUAAUUCGGGAAAGAGUAAAAGACGUCAUAGAAGCGUUAAUCACGUGCACUCACAUAUCCGAAAACACAUUAAAAUGGGCGGAAAGUAGGAAAGAAGCUUUACAUUCUUUAAUAUUGGUAUUGCAAACAUUAGGAAUCGAUGAAGCAGACAAAUGGCAGUUGUUUGUACCAGAUUUGUACGAUUGCUAUUUACUGGCUCUCAAAGAAUAUACGAUAGAUAGUCGUGGAGACAUAGGUGCUUGGGUGAGAGAGGCGGCCAUGAUCGGAUUACAUGUAUUGACCAACUUAGUAUCCCAAGCAAAAUUAUUAUCUGUGUUGAACGAGAAUUUAAUGGCUAACAUUAUCGGCGGUAUCGCACAACAGGCUGUUGAAAGAAUAGAUGGAAUUCGAGCGCAGGCUGGUACUGUGUUCAGUGCGCUUAUACACAGCGAUCCACCACUUCCAAAUAUUCCACAUCACAGCGAGUUAAAAACUAUAUUUCCUUAUAACGAAUGUAAGGAGACUAUCGAAUGGAGGAUGGAAUCUGCAACGUUUCCACGAUUUAUUAAAAUGUUAAGUUUUCCACCGUAUAAAGUAAAUCUGUUACGAGGAAUUGUAUUCAGCGUUGGCGGCUUAAGCGAAUCAUUGGUAAAAUACUCGAGUGUUUCCUUAUUUACUUAUCUGCAAGAAAUCGAUGAAGUCGGUUUACGGGAUCUGUGUGAGAAGAUAUUAAACAUAUUCGAGGAGAAUCAUAAAAAUGAAAGGAUGAUAAUAUCAAUGUUGGCUUUCUUGGAUCGUUUAUUGAGUUCAGGCUGCAUUCAGUCCAUUUUGGACGAUGCAGAUAAUACAAUCUCAGAGCGUAUAUUGGCGCUAUUAAAACAUGAAAUCAAAUAUUCCAGCAAUAUGAAAUUGCUUAUUAGUAGUAUAAAUGUUUUCUGUCAAUUGCUACAGGUGCGAGGUCCUGUUGCAAAAAGAGCGUUUUGUCAGCUGAGUAUAUUUUUGUGUCACAAAUACACAAGCUUGAGAAAAACAACAGCUAUACGUACUUAUGAAGCUUUGACUCUUUAUGGAGAAGAGAUGGAUAUAGCGGAAGAAGAUUUGACAAAUAUACUCACAAAAUUGAACGCGACAGAUUGGGAGCAACCCAUCGCAGAUUUACGUCCGACCAGAAAUCAUUUGUGUGAACUAAUGAAAGUACCUGCUCCAGUUUUGCAAAUAAAGUCGACAAAUUGAAGAAGGUUAUUUUAUGUACAAAGAUCUUAGCUUUUCUUUAAGAUCGUAUUUUAUUUUUAUGCUUGCAUAGCAUAAAGUGAAAUAAGAUUCAAUCGCUAUGCUAAUACAGCUGACGCUAAUACAAAGAGAAAUACUGAUAAUUUGCACACAUCAAAUAAGAUUUAAUGUUAAACUAUAACACUGUUUAAUAAUAUUGUAUAUAUGUACGCAUACACAUAUAAAAA